GGGCGUGUUCCACUUCGAUGCCCUUGUGAAGACGGCGCAGCAGCUCCAGGACGAACGACAUGGCAAUGAGGAGUCGAAGGACGCUGAGCGUUUCCUGCGUCUCUUGGACGUGGAGUCAUGCCUCGCCUUCGCCAUGCUGGCUGACGCUAGCGUUGAGAACCUUGCUCUGACUAGGUUUUUCGAUUGCGAAGACUUCGACAAAUCAAGACAAUGCCAUGAAGUAUUGCGGUUCUUCCAACGGGUGACCUACCUCUUCAAUCACGGCGGUUGUUUGCAGACGGGUUUCACGCAUCUGAUGGUUCAGCGCCUCCAGCGAGCACGGACCCUUUGGGUCGGCACUGGCCAAGCAGCAGUCCCGUAUACACUUGGGGGGAGAGGAACAAUGACGCCGGCUCUCAUCAAUUCAGCUUUGAAGCGCAUGAAGAAUUGGGUUGCCCUCGCAACGCUCGUGAUCAGAGCAGAAUUUCCAAACUUUGAGGCACUGGCCUCGAUGUGCAUUUUCAGCUUGGAAGGCAAAACCAUCGAUAAAGUUGUUGCUAUGCCGAAUUUCAGCGAUCACAUGGCCAGAGUUGCUCAUUUAUGCCAAGUCCCUGUGACGGAGCUGCGGGUUCAAUAUGAUGAUUUCUUGCCAGUCGCCCUGAGGAUGGCCGAGACUGCCGGGGCGUCGACCAUCGACGCGUGGAGGCUAGCGGUCGAGGCCAUGACCCGCACCCGGCGCAUUGCGAUGGCGCACCCUUCAGACGCCUUGAUGGGCCACAUCACGGCCGGUUUCUGCUGGGCCGAUCUCUCCGAGCAGCUUAUCAACGACGAGUUGUUCAUCAUUUGCGACGUGGAUCCCAAGUCGGACAAUGAACUCUGCGAGGCUGCCCGGGUCAUCUGGCGGGAGGUCUACAGGACCACUCGAACGAGCGACAGGCCUGUGCGAGUGGACGCCGGGCGGCCGCGACCAGUGUCAAGAGAAGACAAUAGUUUUAGCUCGUUUUUGAAACGUCGGAGCAGCGCCAUCUCUGACGCGGCCAGCAACUCUGAGGCGAGACACGCCAAGAUCGAGGGGAGGCUGUCGACUGAUACUGCUUCGUGGACGCCCGAACACCAGAAAGAGGCCGACUUCCAGAAGGCCAAGCGCCUGAAGCAGCUCUUGAGCACGAGCGAGUUGAACAUAGACAAGGACAUGCCGCCCAACAUGCGCGAGGCUGCUCGUUUAUUCUCGCUGAAUCAAGACAAGCUGACUGAAGAGUACAUCAGUAAGAAACGAGCCGCCUCUCGAGCCGCCGACGACCCG